CUUGCAAAAUGAGAAUUCUUGUUUUCGACAAGUUUAAUUUUGUGUUCGUCAUUUAGGGUUUAGUAUCAUUUCCUUUAUAAAUGAUCGCAUUUCUCCCCCAUUUUUAACAAAUGGAAAUUUCCCAACCAAAACCUAGAGGGUUUGAUGUUCUAAUUCAGGUUGAAUAUUUUUCCUUUCGGUUCUUUUUUUAUUUUACAUCAAUAUUGAUUUGAAUUUAUGAUUUUAUGUCGUGUAUGGUUCUUGCUGUGUUUCUCUUUGUUGGCGUUUCUAAAAAGUGGGCACCAAUUAGACAUCUUACUUUGCCUUCUUAGAAUCUUGUUCUUUUUAUCCACAGAGAAUCGCAUAUUUUCUCAGGAAUUGACAUCUUUUAAGCAUAAAAAUUCACUUUAUAUUCCAAGUCUUUUUGAUGAUUUUGAAAUUUAUUUCUUUAUAGCACUUUAUAGUGAUUUCUUUCAGGUGAUAUCAACAUAUAUUUGAAGAUUGAUAUGCCUGGCGACAAGCAAAUUGUGCAGUCUGAGCCAAUAGCUUCUGGGUUGAAGUCUGAUGCUCGUGCUAAAAUGGAUGAUCAAAAUCCGGGUUCCAGAAAAGAUGGCAUAGUGUCGGGUGUGGCCCCACCAUUUUCAGGUGGUGCUAUAUCUUCUGCAAAAGGUGGGGUUGCCAAUAAGACAGCUGCUGAGCAAGGUGUUCACUAUCCUCCUACUAGCUGUUAUGAUUAUCAGUAUCCAGGACACAAUGGACCAUACAGUCAAUUGGAUGGUUCUGGUCAUGCUACUUCUGGUGGGGGUGCUUACACAGAUAGUGGUUCACUUCUCUAUUAUAUGCCUGGCUAUAAUCCCUAUACUACAGGGAAUUACAUGGGUCUUGACGGUCAACAACCCUACUUUUCUUCAUCGGAAGUCAUGCCAUGCUAUUCAUGGAAUUCUACUACAUAUUCUGGAGAUACGACAAACAGAAAUGGUACAUCUAUGGGUACAAAAUCAAAUGGGAUAAAAUCCAAUGAUUUGAACUCCAAAAGAACUAUGAAUUCUUAUACUGGAAAAUCUUCUAAUUACCCUUUGGAUAUGAAGUCUCGACAACAAUCCACUUCUAGUAUUCCCAAGUCGAUUUUACAGUCACAGCAUCUCAGGUCGCUGAAUAAGUUGGGUUCUGCUUACCAGUCUGGAGGAAUUGCGAAGGGUUAUCAACCAUCUGGGAGUUACUCAUCGAUGGCUUACCAAAACCAAGGGCUCUUUUCAAACUAUUCUAUGAACUAUGCUUCUGGUGGUAGGCUUUGGAAUGAAAAUGAUAGAUUCAAAUCAAGGGAUAAGUCUUGCAUGAAUGGAGAAUCUGAAGAAUUAACUCGUGGGCCCAGGGCUCAGAGCAUAAAUAUGCAUCUUGAGGAUGAGAAGAUGGGAAUGUCGUACAGAAGGGAUACAUACAAUCUUGAAGAGUUUCAGACCAAAUAUGAUAAUGCCAAGUUUUAUGUGAUCAAAUCAUACAGCGAAGACGAUGUUCACAAGUCCAUUAAAUAUGAUGUUUGGUCGAGUACACCCAAUGGCAACAAGAAAUUAGAUGCGGCCUUCCGUGAUGCUGAUGGAAAAACAAAUGUUUUUCUCUUCUUCUCAGUUAAUGGUAGUGGGCAGUUUGUGGGUGUUGCUGAAAUGAUCGGGCCUGUUGAUUAUGAGAAGAACAUGGAUUUUUGGCAGCUUGAUAAAUGGAACGGGUUUUUUCCAGUUAAGUGGCACAUUGUUAAGGACAUUCCUAACACGCAGCUGCGACACAUAAUUCUUGAAAACAAUGACAAUCGGCCUGUUACAUACACCAGGGACACUCAAGAGGUUGGUAUGAAACAAGGUACGGAGAUGCUUGAAAUAUUCAAGAGCUACUCAGCAAAGACAUCUUUGUUAGACGAUUUAAGCUUUUAUGAGAAGCGGGAGAAGGUUCUUAAAGCGAAGAGGAUGAGUAAGGCUACUUUUCAAACAGAGAAAUCAGGAGAAAGGAUAAUUGGGGAAGGAUCACACGAUCCAACGUCAUCUCUCAUCAACCUUACGCGGAAUCUAUCUCUAAAAUCUAAUUCCAAUUCAAAUUCAGCCAAGCCAAGCAUUGGGGAUAAGUCGUCGACGUCAUGAGAUCGAAUUUGACGGUAAUAGGUUGGUUUGUAGGAGGAUUUUUCUAUUGGGAUUUUGCUUUUGACAUGAAUGAAGUGAUAGAAGGUAGGGAGGGAUUGGAAUGAAUUGUGGUUUGGUUUUUGAGAUGUAAAAAUCAGGGUUUUC